AUGCUGGAGCGGCGGAUAUAUCGAGAUGAUAUAGAUUAUACGGGCUCGACGGAUCCCAGACGUCAUACUGUCUGCCAAGAUAACGGCAAAGUUAAACAAGUCAGCUUUAACGUAACUGGCUGUCGCGAAGCAAUAUUUGUACAAGCCGGAGUGGCAGCUAUCAGAGUUGGAAGGCUCCUAUCAGAUUAUUUACUACCGGCGGCGCCUCCACGCCUGUCCCGUUCACAGCUCGAGAUCAAUACGGAGGCUGUCUCCACCCCAACUCUAGCCUCCUUCGAU